AUGGAUGAAAUAUCUGAGGGAAAUCAAACUACUACAAUCACAGAGUUCAUUUUUGUGGGAUUAACAGAUAGCCCUGUGCUACUGCUCAUUCUUUUUGUGAUGUUCCUCGUCAUCUACAUCACCAGCUUUCUGGGAAACUUUGCAAUGAUUAUAUUAAUCUGGGCCAGUUCCCAGCUCCACACCCCAAUGUAUUUCUUCCUCGGCAACUUAUCUUUCUUGGAUAUGUGCUAUUCCUCAGUAAUAGCCCCCCAAACUCUUGCCAACUCCAUUUCAGAGAAAAAAUCAAUUUCAGUGGCUGGAUGUGCAACACAAAUGUACUUUUUCAUAGCUUUGGGGACCACAGAGUGCUGUCUCCUGGCUGUGAUGGCAUAUGACCGAUACGUGGCUAUUUGUAACCCCCUGUUGUAUCCAGUCCUCAUGUCUCCUAGCAUCUGCAUCCCUUUGGUGGUUGGGUCAUACAUACUUGGUUUUUUCCAUUCUCUUGUUCACACCAUCUUCACAUUUAGACUGUCGUUCUGUGGGUCUAAUGAGAUCAAUCAUUUCUACUGUGACAUCACACCGCUGUUGUCCAUCUCCUGUUCCAACACAUAUGUCAGUGAAAUUCUUUUAUUCAGCCUUGUGGGAGUCAUUGAAAUCAUCACUAUUCUGACAGUUGUGGUCUCUUAUUCUUACAUCCUUGCCACCAUCCUGGGAAUCCGCUCAGCUCAUGGGAGGCACAAAGCUUUUUCCACCUGUGCCUCCCAUUUUACAGGUGUCACCAUUUACCAUGGGACAAUCCUCUUCAUGUAUUUGCGACCCACCUCUAGCUACUCCUUGGAUACUGAUAAAAUCCUUGCAGUGUUCUAUACCCUGGUGAUCCCUUUGCUGAACCCAUUGAUAUAUAGCCUGAGGAACCAAGAUGUGAAGGAUGCUUUCAGGAGAAGAAUUAAGAGGAAGAAGAUCAAAGUGAUUUGGGUGAAUUGGCUUGCUGGCUAA